AUGACCACGGACUUUUCCAGAUUAAUGAUUAUUGGAAUUGUGAUCCUCAAAAUGGACAUACCACCAAGAAUGGCUGCAAUGCGUAUUGUUCAGAUUCUUGUCUGGUGUUAUGUCAUCACCACCACAAAUGAAGCUGCGUCUCUUGGACAAAACUGUAACGAAGCCACUCCGUGUGGCUAUAUUGGAGGAUUAUGUAAUGCAUCAAAGAUCUGUGUGUGUGACACGGGAGGUGGAUAUGGAGAAUUUAAUGGAGAGUGCAAAUCAAAUUCCAUCACAGUGUCAUUAUCAGGACCAGGCAGCGGUGUUUUAUAUGGAUCAUCUACAAGUCUCACGGUAACAAUUACAACAGCUGUAGCUGCAACUUCAGUAGCUUGGCAGAAGGUGGCGUCUGGUGGAAGUCUUACAAGCAUAACUGUAGACUCUACAAAGUACACACAGACAGGUGACCCCGGGUCUGGUACAGUCAUACUUACCAUCAACAACAUUAACUACAGUGAUGAAGCCAGUUAUCAGGUUCAGGUUACCAACGGCCUGGGGAUAACCAAUACCAGUAAACAGGUGGAAGUUGACGUGACUGGAGAUCCACCGAGUGUCAGUGUAUCAGGACCUACCCAGUCUGGUGACACUGUAACCAAUGGGUGUACUGCUACUGUCACAGCUGAUUCUCCAGCUAUCACAGCUAUAAAGUGGACAAAAGAUGGAACUGAGAUAGAUAUAGCUAACUCUGGUGGUAAAUACUCUGGGGGAACUGUAAAUAAUCCAGCGUUGAUCAUCAAUACCAUAGGCAGCAGUGACAGGGGAGUUUACCGUUGUGUGGCCACUAAUGCAGCAGGAUUCACUACAAGUUACAAUAAUGUGAAUCUGAUUCCUCCUGGUGUGACAAUCUCAGGUCUUCAUCCCUCUGUGGAGUAUGGUGAAAAAGCUACACUUGUUGGAAGUUAUGGCUCAGUACUUGAAGUGACUUCAAUUAAAUGGCAGAAAAUUCAGAAUGGUUCACCUAAAGACAUUAAUAUAUCAGAUGGUAAAUACUCGGGUAGUAUUGUUACGGGAAAAAAUCCACAACUUGUGAUCAACUCAGCAAAUUUUAAUGACAGAGGAUUGUAUCAGAUGGAGGUCAGUAAUGGAGUGGGAUCCAGCAGCAGUAACCCACUGAUAUUAAAUGUAACUGGAGGUAACCUGGCUGUUGUCAUAGUAGGUACAGAUUUAAGAGGUAGAUACGGAGGAAGUGUGAUGAUUGAAUGUAAUGUGACAGGUCCAGAAGUAAGAAACAUACUGUGGAAAAAAUACAGAAAUAGCAAUUUUCUUCAAGACAUCACCAUAGAUGGUACAAAAUACACAGGAGGAUCAGUGCCAUCCCCAUCUGUAACAAUAAACAGCCUGACUACAAAUGAUGCAGGACAGUACCAGUGUAUAGCCAGUAAUCCUGGUGGAACUUAUUCCAGUGAUAAAAAAGCCACAGUCACCGUAGUGUAUGGACAAUUUAAUGAAGAUUGUACUGACGCAGAACUAUGUGAUUCCAACGAACAUUUAACAUGUUAUAUUUCCGAUAGCAAAUGCUUUUGUGAUAAUGAUCAUUAUCAUAACAAUCAGAUAUGUUAUCCAAGAUUUUAUCUUACCCCAACAAUAAUCAAAACAAGCAGUACAACAUCAAAUUUCUCAGUGUUCUGGAACCAUCCCUCCACAGAUUACAAUCUUUUCAAUAGUCAUUCAGUGUCAUGGAAAGCCAGUGGGAGUUCACUUGCAUCAACAGAAUCAACAGGCAGAGCAGCAACCAGCUACACUGUCAGCUCAGGAAUUGUGUCUGGUCAGCUCUACAUUGUGACUGUGUCCUCUGUUGUUGGACUAACAAAUCCAAUUAGUACCAUAUAUGUGUCAUCACAGGAGUGGACAGUAAGACUGUAUCCACAUCCACCUGGCUCUAUUUUAAAUUCAAGUUCAUUUGCUUAUAAUAACCUCAUAUUAAAGUGGACUCCUCCAUCUAAUACCAUUAUUACUAAAUAUGAAGUGACAAUUGAUCAAAAAUCCUAUAAUACAACAAACAAUAAUCCUUUGUUGAGUUUUACUGAAGAAUUUACUCCUGGGAAAUAUCAUGAUGUCAGUAUUGUGACCAUCAGUGGUGCAUCAAUUGAGGAAAAGAGAAGCACAACACACAGAGAGAGGAUUAGAAUCACACAAACAAAACCAGAUCCACCUACCAAUCUUGCCUGUCCACAACAACCAAAGGACAUCUCUUUAGAAAUAUCAUGGAUGCCUCCCACGAAUCCUAAUGGACAAAUUGUGAGGUACCAGAUUCAUGUGAAUCUUGGGGAUCGCAUCAUUGACACACCAAAUAAUGCUACAAGUUACAAUGUUGUGGGUUUAAGUCCAGAGAAAAUGUAUAAUUUCACUGUCAGGACAAUCAAUGAUGCAGUGGACACAAAGAAUGUUAGUGAUUCCAGUGGGGCUAUCAACUGUUCAACAAAAGCUGGAGUAUCUUCUCCUCCAACUCAGCUAAGUGUAAAUGAAGUGCAGAGCAGAGGGUUUCAGGUUAGAUUCGGAAAACCUGAAAUUAUUACUGGCCAGUUAGCCGCAUACAAAAUAAUUAUCCUGGAAGGAUUAGACUGUGUACAACAGAUAAUAAUUGAAGGAAACUGUCCACAAUGUAUGAGUACAAAUGGUUGUCCAUACACUAAGACUGAAACAAGACUUGAUAUAACUAAGCCUGUGAUAUACCCAGCUACAGGUCUAAAACCUUACACCAAGUACAUUGUGAAAGUAGCAGCAGUGAAUGGAAAUGGAGAAGGACGCUUUAGUAAUGCAACGGCCAAGACUGAUGAAGAAAUUCCACAAAAGCCUGGGCAGAUAGCUGCAACACAUAUAGAAGCCAAAAGUCUGACAUUGUCCUGGAGUGUAGCAUAUCCCUCACCUGGAAACACAACAUACACUAUAUAUGUGUAUGAAGGAACUGAUGAUACUGGAAUGAACUUUAACCUGAGACAACCAAAACUGAACACAUACGGAUUUUACAAGAAGUCAGCGUCCAUAGACGAGUUAGAGGAAUACUGGCCAUACAGAUUCAAAGUUGAUGCUUCUACAAUAAAAGGGAAUACAACAUCAGAUUUAUCAAAUAUUGUCAGAACAAAACAAGCAGCACCAGAAGAAGUGGAAAACUUUACUGUCAAGAUAAAAGAUGGAGACUACAGGAUGGCCUAUGUAUAUUGGAACAUUCCAUCGCCGAAGAAUCGUAAUGGUGUCUUACAGAGCUACCAUUUCAGCAUUAGACACAAUCAUACAGGGACAGAGAUAAUGGGAACGAUUCCAGUCUCUCUCACAACACAACUUGUUGAAAAAAAUUUCACGGUUGAACCGGAGGAGGUGUAUUCUGUAACGGUGUAUGUGACAAAUAAUGAGAGUGUGUCAGGUCAGGAGGUCUCACAGAAUUAUAGAGUACCUGCUGGUCCACCUCCACUGGACAACAAUAAGGAACUGAUAACUACAAGACCUGGUGAUCACAAGCCUUCACUGCAAACAAUCACAGUAGAGGUUAACACAGAUUUCUUCAAAAAUGAUUUGAAUGGAAAACAAGUUUUCUUUGGAAUUGCAGUAUGUGAAAAAUCUAAAUGUGCAAGCCAAGGAACAUCAACAGUAAAAAGGGAAUGGGAAGGUUUACCAAACUGGCAUAAAGCCAGCAAAGCUGGAUUCCCAUUAUACAGAGUCACUAGUGAAGCUUAUAUGGAAAAUAUCAGGAGUACUUUUACAGGAUCCAGAUGGAAAAGAUCCUCAUCAUCUGAAUUUAUCAUUGGAGAAGAUACAAUUUGUCCGUUAUUAGAUUCUUAUGUGUACUGUAACGGCCCUCUUAAUCCUGGACAGUCAUACAGUUAUUCUAAUGUGAUUGUAUUUGCCUGUACAAAUGGAGGAUGCACACAUUCAGAGCAAAUUGGGCCAUACAACACACUUGUAGUAGAGAAAAUUGAAGGGACCUCAAAUUUAGGUGUAAUAGUUGGAUCCAUAACCGGAGUUAUAGUUCUUCUUGUUAUUGUGGUUUUGGUCUAUAGAAAAGGAAGAAAUAGGAAGAACCAAAACGAUGCUAAUACCUAUGCCGAUCUGGAAUUCAGUCAACGAUUCAAAGAUGAACAAGUUUAUCUCAAAUUGGAUCGGGGAAUUAGACCAAAGAAAACGUCUAUACCUAUAAAUCUGUUCGUUAGCCAUGUGGAGGAUCUGAUGAAAGACAGUAAAUUAAAGAUUUGUCAUGAAUUCUCCAAUAUACUUUUGUCAAAUAGUAAAGGAAGUACAAGAAUAGGACAAUCUAAAAACAAUGUGCCUAAAAAUAGGAGCAGUAUCGUUCCAUACGAUUUCAAUCGGGUAAAGUUAUUAGAAGGAGGAAAGGGUUCACAGAAUGACUAUAUAAAUGCAAGUUUUAUUUUGACCCAGCACUACAUAAUUACCCAGUAUCCUCUGCCAAAGACAAUUGGACAUUUCUGGCAAAUGGUUUGGGAACAGAAUGUACCUACUAUUGUGGUACUUUCUGAUGACAGCAAUGAUAAUAUCAAGGGCGACCAGUAUUUUCCAGUCGCGGAUGGCGCGGUGCUUUCCAUGGGAGGAAUCGACGUAGAACUGCUGGCAACCUUUAACAUUCUUGAAAGAGCGAGUUUGCGUAAAAUCAGAUUGUCUAAGAACUCAUUUUUACGCGGAAAGGAGCUGAAGAAUGUAAAUCACUAUCAGAUGUAUGGUCUUAACAUGGCAAAUUUAUCGGAGGAACUACUCAGUUGCAUAAGUCUUAUAAAAUCGAAUGAAAAAGAUAUAAAAGAUACAGGACCAUUCAUCGUGCAUGGAGGAUGCUCUGGAACUGACUAUAGCGGAGUGUUCAUCUCAACAGAUUAUCUGGUUAAAUCAGUAGAGGCAGGUGCCAGAGAUGUUGAUGUAUACGGGACAGCAUUAAGUGUUAUGAAUGAAAGAAUGUUGACAAUAAAUACGGAAGAACAAUAUUCAACCAUUUACACCUGUCUUCAGAAAUAUUUUGUCUCAAAAGCAGGCGCAAAGACAUGUGAUGAAGAUUUUGAAAGAAAAAGUACAGCUGGUACAUACGAAUACUUACCAUGAAGUCAUUUUAUCCGGAAUCUUCAAAAACAUCUUUUUACACAUAUUUUGUCAAUCAUCUGCUUUGAUGUUUCCAAUAGUUUAGAUUUUUGUCCCAUUUUUUCUCUGUUCUAUGGAAAUAUUGUCAAGGGACAAGGAAUAAUCCGAAUCUGAUUACAGAGGUGUAAUAGACACAUUUCUUUCAAAUUUUUAUUCAUUUCUAUAAGCUACACAGCGUAUUUUCUUUUCAAAAUUAAUGAAGAAAAGUUGUGUUAGUAGAAGUGUCACUUUCUAAGAAUUAUAUUGAAACAUUAUUUUAUUUGACUUGGAAAAAAAUGAAAGUGUUCAUGUACAUUGGUAACAAUGUAAUCAUAGAGUCAAGCAGUCCUUUUUCAAUUUCUCAAAAAAAAAUAUGGUAUUCCCCAGAAAUAGUAUCAUUUAGUUGUUUCUUUUAUUUUACUUCCACUAGUAAUUUCAGUGCAAAUUGAUUUUGUAAAAGAAUAUUCUACAUGUA